AGUCGGGGCAUAUUCCGAGUCCUAAGUCAGACAUAACUCAAAAUAAAAAACAAACAAUCUGACUUGAUACGAGUCAGAAACCAAAUCUGAUGCAGACGUGAGUCAGCAAAAUAAAACAAACAUGAUAGGAUAGGAGACUCCUGUGAUGGGUCUUCUUCGAGCAGUGACAAGGCUGAAAAUCCCACAGACCCUAGUUUUGAGCGAUUCAAAAACCGACUUAAAUCAGUAGGUCCCACUCCCACAGUACAAACAUAGAAACCCGAGUUGUUUGCUAUAAGCCUUGAGCCAGCAGAACAAUCUCCUCCGCCACCACUUCUUCUUCUUUAAUUACAACCUCCAAAAAAAACCAAAUGUGUUCCUGGUUAAAAAAUCUCGAUUCACACUUAAACCCCAAAUCAUUAUCGUUACAAUCCCCAUAAACAGAUUUAAUCAUCAUCUAGCGAAAGAAAAUUCGACCCCAUAAACCCUAGUUUUUCUUUUUUUUCUCCACAGACUCUGAAUUUCUCUUCACUAAGUUCUUCUUAAACAAAUACUUGGAUCAGGAAAAAAAAUCAUGGAGGAUUCUGAAACUUCUUCUAAUGUACCUGAACGAUCUAGUGAACCAUCAUCCACUAAUACUGUGAAAGAACCAUCUAAAGAACCAGUGUGUAGUUUCUUUCGUAAGCCAUCGAAGAACAAAAAUAUAAGAAAGCGAAAGAAUGAUGAUGAAGAGGAGGACAAUGGAGAAGAAGGUUCUUCAGUGAUUCAGAAACCCAAAUUGGCUCCAAAGGCUGAUAAUAAGUUACAUUUUUCAACUGGGACAUCGACAAAACAUGUGGCUGAAACAAAUCAAGACCCUGAUGAGUCUAGGAGAUUUCAUUUUGAGUCGUCGAAAGUAAUUCAGGUUCAACACGAUAGCAGGGCUACAGCGACAUUAGAAACUGAAACUGAUUUUUCUAAUGAUGCAAGGGCGAUACGUGAGCGAGUACUUAAGCGAGCAGAAGAGGCAUUGAAGAAGAAUAAGGAUAAGAAGCCUAGCGAUGAGAAGCUUUAUAAAGGUAUACAUGGGUAUACAGAUUUUAAAGCCGGGUUUAGAAGAGAACAUACAGUUGCUGGUGAGAAAGCUGGUGGUGCACAUGGACCACUUAGGGCUUCUGCUCAUAUUCGUACAUCUGCGAGGUGGGAUUAUCAACCGGAUAUUUGUAAGGAUUAUAAGGAGACUGGUUAUUGUGGGUUUGGAGAUUCUUGCAAGUUUAUGCAUGAUAGAGGAGAUUACAAGUCUGGAUGGCAGAUGGAGAGGGAAUGGGAGGAAGCUGAGAAGAUUCGAAAGAGGAAUUUGGCUUUAAAAGCAGAUGAUGAUGACGAGGAUGAGAAUGAAAAAGCAAAUGCGAGUGAUGAUGAUGAAGAUGCACUUCCUUUUGCGUGUUUCAUUUGUCGACAGGCUUUCGUGGAUCCCGUGGUUACCAAAUGCAAGCACUAUUUCUGUGAGCAUUGUGCUCUUAAGCAUCAUUCAAAAAACAAGAAGUGCUUUGUGUGCAACACUCCAACUCUUGGCAUGUUCAACACAGCUCAUGAGAUCAAAAGGAAGAUGGCUGCUGAGGGAAAAUGAUGGUUUGUCAAUUUGAUCAUCUAUUGAUUUCGUGUGUUAUGAGUUUCAAUACCUCUUUUUGUUAGUGUAGCACUUUUUUGGUCUUUUAUUUUUUUAACUCUUGAAUUGUAGUUGUAGUUGUAUGACGGGUAACGGGUUAAUAGAGACUUAUGUAAAUUUUGCGACCAAUGUUAUAAACUAAAGAAUUAGGAAA